AUGUCCGCCAAAGUCGCCCUCGUCACAGCCUCGUCAGCCGGCCUGGGCGCCGCCACGGUCAAGGCUCUGGCCCCUUACUUCCGUGUGGUGGUGAACUACCACUCCCGACAGGAAAAGGCCGACCAAGUGAUCAAAGAAGCCUCGACGAUCCAGCCCACGUUCCACGCGCCGGCGGACCAGCCGCGCUUCCACGCCAUCAAGGCCGACGUGUCGCAGCGCAGCGAGAUCGAGCGGCUCGUACGCGAGACCGUCGCGCACAUGGGCCGGCUGGACGUCGUGGUCUCCAACGCCGGGUGGACGCGGCUCACGAACUUCUUCGAUCUCGAGGACCAGAUCAGAGAGGACGACUGGGACCGCUGCUUCAACGUCAACGUCAAGUCGCACCUGUGGUUGCUGUACGCCGCGAAGCCGCACCUCGAGAAGACCGCCGAUACGGAGGGCGUGGGCGGCGCUUUUGUCACCGUCGCCAGUCUCGCGGGCGUCCGUCCUUCUGGCAGUUCUCUGCCAUACAGUGUCACCAAGGCCGCGGAGAUUCAUCUGACAAAGGGCCUGGCCACGAUUUGCGGCUCCAAGGUCAGGUGUAACAGCGUCAGUCCGGGACUUAUGAUGACGGAAUGGGGCAACAAAUUCCCCGAGGCAAAAGUCAAAGCCACGGUCGAGAAGGCCGCCCUGAAAUCGACAGCCACCGUGGAGGACGUCGCCGAGCAGAUCAGGACGCUGGUCAUGAGCAAGUCUAUCACCGGCCAGAAUAUCGUCAUCGAUUGUGGGAUUGCGAUAUGA